AUGUCCUCGUUUGAGUCCGAGGGCCAGUCUCCUCCUCGGUGUGGUCCACAGUUCCCUACUUUGGGACAGGAGCCUCCAGAGCUCAGCAUGUACAGUGACUGCUACUACCCUCCUCCAUCACUGCCCAGCCCUCAGCGCACCACCCCAACGUCCUAUGAGCUCAGUGACUACACCACCCCCUCUCCAAAUCCUUACCUCUGGUUCAACAACUCCACACCAUCUUACCUGAGCAGCACCGCAACGCCGGGGAACCCAGGGCCUCCCUUUGUCCCGCAGCACUAUGGAAUGCAGAGGCCAUACCUUGGCCCAGCCGGAGCUGGGGGUCCAGGAGGGGAGCUAAGCUGGUUCUCCCUGCCCUCACAAGAAGAUUUAAUGAAGUUAGUGAGACCACCGUACUCCUACUCUGCUCUCAUCGCUAUGGCAAUCCAUGGGGCGCCAGACAAAGGACUAACACUAAGUCAAAUUUAUCAGUAUGUGGCUGAUAAUUUCCCAUUUUACAACAAAAGCAAAGCAGGAUGGCAAAAUUCAAUAAGACACAACCUGUCGCUCAAUGACUGCUUCAAGAAAGUGCCAAGAGACGAAGAUGACCCAGAUUUAACAGCAACCACAGACCAGGAUCUGGAUGAACAAGUAUAUGACAAUGCGAGUCUAGGUGAAGUCUUGACAGCGAUAAAGAUGCAAAAGAAACAAAAUGUCUACCAUGAAACGCUUACUAAGCCCAGUUCAGAAAAGCCCAAAAGGAAAACAAAGCCUGCUAUGGCAUCACAAAGAUUUGGCCAUGACCAGAAUUUCCCUGGAGUGAGAGAGAUCAUUACUCACCAUGCCCACACCCUACUGCUGCUCAUUGAUGCCAAGGACCUGUGUUGCUUCCUGCACCCAGUCGGACCACAGCAAUAA